UGGGUGUCUCUCGUCUUCUCCGUCAAGUGAAGCAACACUGCAGAGAGGUAAGACGUAGUCCGGAGUUAAGUUUGACUGCGCAGGGAGGCUGUCCAGUCAGUAAGGUCUGUGAAAAGCCACACAGAGUUCCUCGGAGGAUCCACUCGAAGGGCGAAGACAUGGAGGAGACGGGCGGUGCUACAGCGUACGGGGCUUCGCUCGCUGGAGGAGGCUUCGACGUCAACAAGUUUGUCCGACAACCGCAAACUAUCGUGCGAUUUCUUAGCUGGAUAUUUGCUUUGGUGGUGUUCGCCUCCAUCACAACAGAGGGAUACAUCAACUCUCCCCAUGAUCCGGAUGCAAAGUGCAUCUUCAACCAGAACGACUCGGCGUGUCACUACGCUAUUGGCAUCGGGGUGAUCGCCUUCCUGGCGUGUGUGGGCUUCCUGGUGUUGGAUGUUUACGUGCCUUAUAUGAGCAAUGCACAGGAGAGGAAGUAUGCUGUCAUGGCCGACCUGGGAUUCUCAGGGGCGUGGACCUUCCUGUGGUUUGUGUGUUUCUGCCUGUUGGCCAGUCAGUGGGGUAAAACUCAUGAAAUCGGAGCAGUACCAGUGGAUGCUGCACGUGCUACAGUGGCCUUCUGUUUCUUCUCCAUCGCAACAUGGGGAAUCCUGACCUACUUCGCACUGGGCCGUUUCCGCCGAGGCGUGAAUGAAGUCACAAUCCCGACGUACGCGGAGCCAACGGCAGAUCUCCAUACCCCCUACCCUCCAACCUACGCCCCCACCUCCUACAACCCCACCACAUACACCCCCACCACAUACACAGGUUAUCCAGGCAGUGUGCCCGACAUGCACCCACAGCCUCCCUUCACCCCACAGCCCCAGCCACAGGGAGACAUCGGCUACCAGCCGCCAAACUACUGAGACAAAGGAAGGUCACAUGAGCGAGGAGGUGUUCCAGGUCAUCGUUGGUGGACUGAUUGUAGUUGCACUGCACAGACUAUAUUCAUAUCAUAUUGAUGUGGUUUUACAUUUGAUUUAACACACUUUGUAAAAUGUGUUAAAUCAAACUGAGAACCUGAGCAGUGCACCUGCAAGUCAGAGAUGAGGGACACACUGGUUAAAAGGUCUGCUCAGAUCCUGAGACAUCAGGCUGACUGUUAAGAUUAGCUUCUGAUGAUUAGGUAAUCUGACUUUAGACCUUUGUGCAAAGAUGCAACUUUUACCUCAAAUGGGCUCAUCCUGAACGGGGGAGGUAGUUGGAAUGUACCCAGGAGUUUAAAGGUCACAUUAGUCUGAGAACGCUCCAAUCAGAGUGGAAGAAGCCAACACUUCACGUGUUCCUCUGUACUCUCUUUGGGAUACCUGGGAAUGUGCAUUUGUACAUAGAUCUCGCGAUGCAAAGCUACCAUCACAAUGGUUGUAUGUGCCUGAUUUUCUCUUCUUAUUUGGUUUGGUGGAUUCUUCCCCUCCAGUGCAUUUAAUCUGAGGACCUAUUAACAGUUGAGGAUACAGUGUGGAAAGAAACACUAUAAAGCCAAAUUGUUAAGUGCAAUUAGUAAAAAAUUUAAAAACUCAACAAGUUUAGCUUACAAGUGCCACAGUGAAAUGACUCAUGCCAUCUCUGCAAGCUUUCUUAGGACCACUCGAUACUUAAUGUGCUUCUGAUCUAUGACAUGAGAAAACACAAAAGCCCUCCAUUUCUUUAUCUUUGAAGAAAUGUAACUCAUCAUUUCCGUUGUAAAAAUGAAUGAAAGAUGCCAACCUGUAGUGGAGGUAUUUCAGUCAGUAUUGGCCUUGAAACUCGUAGCUGACUGCAAAAGAGAGGAAGGAGGGGCAUGUAGAUAACUUAGCACUUAUUGAACAGGUUUAUCCACCAUGUCUGGGCUUAUACAAGAGUAACUUAUUAACCACUAGCAAGACUGCACACUCUCCAACAGUGCAACCUCACACUUCCUGCUAGGCCUUGAGGACUCGAGUUCUUGUGACACGGAUGUUUAUCUCCUGUUUACAUGCACUGUAAUCUAAACUGCUGAAGGCAGACUGCUCCUCGGUUGUUUUUACAGAAGACAGAUUAACCUGCUACGGUGAGAUUUAAACAACCGUCCUUACAAAGACUUCUGGUUUACUUUGUUGCAUUGUGCUUGACGAUAACACAUCUGUCAGUUUUACAACUUAACAACGUAGUCUUUAAAUAGUCCUGGAUGUUUAAAAAAACGUAUUGGGGUGUUAGCUGAGUUUAGAUCUGCGAAUGAAAGACCAGAUUUUGAAUGUGGUCCUAUUUAUAUAACAUGACACUGUUAUGGUUUCACAUUGAAGACAUUUGGAGGGACUUUUUUGUUUUAUUAUUUCAUUUGAAAAGGAAAUUAUUGAAGCCAAUUUGUAAUUAAAAUACCUGAUGUUGAUUUUUUUGUAGAGGAAAAUUAUACUUUUGAGUUACCAGGGAGGGAAGUAAAAAAAAUCUGCCAUGAUUAGAUCCUGAAUUUAUGUCGAGGUGAAACACCUGUGUAUCACAGCUGUCCUUGCUUCUGUGCCUUAACGAUUUAUGCAAAAAAAAAGGUUUUUUCAUGCGCUGGAAAAUGAGUGAAAUCUGCCCUUUAUUGAAGAUUCAGGAUCAUUUUAUGCCCCAGUUUAUAAAACUGCAGCUUGUAAGCAACUUGAAUGACUCAACUGCUGAUUUUCUAAAGUAUGUCUGCACAUUCAGUGAUAGUUUUUGCAUUUUCUUUUAAUUAUAUUUCAUUUAGGCUGUGGUUUAGUUGAGACUGACUGAUUUGUGUAAAAUCACAUUUAUGAUUUCUUAUGCCUACAGAUGUUUCAUAAAAAUGGGCACAAACACUGUUCA